CCCGCCCUGAGGCAACUGGACCUCAGCGGCAACCCCCUGGGCUCCCUCAGCCCUCUGGCCUUCGGGGAGGGUGGCAGCCCGCUGGAGGAGCUGGCCCUCCGCGGGGCCGUGCGCGACCACGGCGUCCUCCUCAGCCUGGCCACCAUGCUGCAGUCUGGGGCCCUGCGCAACCUCAGCCGCCUGGAGCUGGCUGACAACGGGCUGCUGCUGCUGCCCGCCGGCAUGUUCACGGCCCUGCUCGCCCUGCGGCAGCUGGACCUUGGCAACAGCUCCCUGGUGGGCCUGCAGAAUGUCUCCUUCCAGGGGCAGGGCCAGCUGCAGAGCCUCAACCUCAGCGACAACUCCCUGGGCGUGCUGAGGAAUGGCACCCUGGCCCAGUUCCGCAGCUUGCCCGCCCUCCGGCGCGUCAGCCUGGGCCGCAAUGCCUGGGUCUGCGACUGCACCGUCGAGGACCUGGUGGCUUGGCUCAAGGAAAGCGACCGGGUGGAGGGCAAAGAAGAAGCCCUGACCUGCACCUACCCCGACAAAGUGCUGGGUAAAGCCCUGCUGAAGAUCAACGGCUCGGACCUGAACUGCUCCGUGCCCAUAGACCUGCCUUCCCAGCUACAGACUUCAUAUGUCUUCCUGGGGAUAGUCUUGGCUCUUAUUGGGGCCAUUUUCCUCCUGGUUUUGUACUUGAACCGAAAGGGAAUCAAAAAGUGGAUGCACAACAUCAGAGAUGCCUGUAGGGAUCACAUGGAGGGCUACCACUACAGAUACGAGAUCAAUGCAGACCCCAGGUUAACAAACCUCAGCUCCAACUCGGAUGUCUGA